UAGAAGCUGAACCUGCUAUGAAGAAGAAGGUGGAGAGCGUGGUGUGUGCUGAAAAUGGAGGAAUGCGGAGCAGAGCGGUAGCUGUAGUUUGGAGAGAGCUGCAGGACGCUGGGUGGUGAGAGCAGCACUAUUAAGAAGAGCAUUGGGUGUUGGCCAGGCGCUGUAUCCAUCUUGACAGAGAGUGAGCAGCCAUUACAGUGGAACAACAAGCUUGAAAUUCCAUUCCCUUGGUCUGAUUUUGCAGCAUUUGUUUCCUGUCAUAUUAAAUAUGAUAUCCCAAGAAGGAUUAUAACGGACACCGGCUUCCUGUGGAUUUCCAAAACAAAGUUGGAAAGGAACUGUACCUUUAAAGCAGUUGAACUGAUGAAGUCAGUAAAGUACCUCAGUGUUUGGACUGAACCUUUGUGUUUAAGCUGGCUCUGCUUUCCCGGAUAUGAUGACUGUAUACGCAUACGCCAGAGAAGCACCACAGCCAGGCCCCAGCCAACACUGCCAAGUGAUGCAGAUGCUGGCGAAGCAGGUUCUUCUUCUGCAAGCCGCCCUCCAUUAAGGCGACCAUCACAGGGCUCGGUGAGUGUGCCUAGGAGGCCAAGCAAGACACGUCGCGUUGAGCCUGAGUCUGCGGCUCCAUCAUCACCACCCCGGCGGCGCAUCUCCUCAGUGUUGCCCCAGCCACCACAGGCAAUUUUGGCAAGUCCGCAAAGAGAUGAGCCACAAUCACAUCAGCUGUCUGAACCACCCAUCAUGGCCGAGGACGCCCAGCAGGAACCUGACCAACAGCCUACCUUCACACUACACCUGCAGCCCGUUGAUCCUACCCAGCCAACCCCGCAGCAGGAUAUACCACAAGCAUCCGUUAGUCCCCAAUUAAUUCCAACUCCACCGCAGCAAGAAAUGUCCCCUGACUUUUGGAACAGUUGGGCCACAAAACAAGUACAAAAUUCUGCCUACCUGAACACACACACACAACACCUUGUUAGUCUGCCCCAUCAUCUUCCUCGCAUUAGUCGGAACUCGGGCAGACUGAUUGUUCAGGUUGGCAGAAUAGCAACUUCAAUGGAGCAGAUCUGGGCGGACAACACUCAAAUGCUUGCAAAUUUGACAAGAAUAAUCGAUGAGCAACAGCGGCAGCAACAAACCCUAAUACAAGUAAUACAGCAUAACCAAGUGGUGAACGAAAGUUUGUCGCAAAUUAUUGCCAGCCACACUGCCACAAAUAUCCAACUUAAUGCGAGCAUACAUAACCUCAGCCAAAGUAUUACUGUGAUGGCAGCCCAACAAGUCAGCUCAAGCUCCGGAACGACUACCCCAAGCCAGACCCCAGUUACCUCCCCUGUUCGACGCUCAAGCAGAACACGGGCCAACGACCCUGGUCAAACCUCUGCACCCAGCACACACAAAAAAAAAUAAGGAAGGCUGCAUGAAAUGUUU